AUGACGGGAGGAUCGAAAUUUGAGGUCUCGAAAUUUGAUGGUCAUGGUAAUUUCGGAUUAUGGCAGACGAGAGUAAAAGAUUUAUUGGCACAGCAAGGAAUUCAGAAAGGGCUGUGUGCAGAAAAGCCAAAGGGGAUGGAAGACGAUGAUUGGCAAGAUCUGCAGAAACGGGCGGCCGGGACGAUUCGGCUGUGCCUUGCAGAUGAAGUUAUAUCUAAGUCGCGAGACAAAUCGAAAGGGAGGAAAAAUGUGACGUGUUAUAAGUGCAAGGAACAAGGGCACUUUAAACGGGAUUGCCCAAAGUGGAAGAAACAGACUGCUGAUAUGUCAUCCAAGUCUGCGAAUGUGGUACAGAAUGAGGAAUCUGAUUGUAGUGAUGGAGAUGUGUUAUCUAUUUCGACUGCGCAGUAUGAUGAUGCUUGGAUUCUCGAUUCUGGAUAUUCAUAUCAUAUAACGCCUAACUGA